GCCCUCGCCGCGCCGGAGCUGAGCCUGGUCGGGAUCGCGGGCCUUGGAGGCACCGACUGGGGGGCCUGCGGUGGGGCGGAUGGGUGGGGCCGCGGCAGCCGCACUCUUUACGGGGACCCGCCCUCCGUGGAUCGCGAAUACCAGCCCCGAGGCUGCGCUUGUUGGGUGGUGGGGCCUGCGGAGCCCUGGGGGACCGAUGCUUCGGCAGGGACAGCGGCUUCUGCGAUCACGGGGCGCUCCUGUGGAUCAAGCUGUAGUGAAACAUGUUCCGGAAGGGCAAAAAGCGACACAGUAGUAGCAGCUCCCAAAGUAGUGAAAUCAGUACGAAGAGCAAGUCCGUGGACUCCAGCCUCGGGGGCCUCUCUCGAUCCAGCACCGUCGCCAGCCUCGACACAGACUCCACCAAAAGCUCAGGUCAAAGCAACAGCAACUCAGACACCUGUGCAGAAUUUCGAAUAAAGUACGUCGGUGCCAUCGAGAAGCUGAAACUCUCUGAGGGAAAAAGCCUCGAAGGGCCACUAGACCUGAUAAAUUAUAUAGAUGUUGCCCAGCAAGAUGGGAAGCUGCCUUUUGUUCCCAUGGAGGAGGAGUUUAUCAUGGGCGUUUCCAAGUAUGGAAUAAAAGUAUCGACAUCGGAUCAGUAUGACGUCCUGCACCGGCACGCGCUGCACCUGAUCGUCCGGAUGGUGUGCUACGACAGCGGACUGGAAGGCGCCGGGAGGAGCCUGCUGGCUCUGAAGACCACCGACGCAAGCAACGAGGAGUACAGCCUGUGGGUCUACCAGUGCGGCAGCCUGGAGCAAGCGCAAGCCAUCUGCAAAGUUCUGUCCACCGCUUUCGACUCCGUGUUGACGUCUGAGAAGGCCUGAACCGGCGGUGAGUGGCAGCCGACCGCUGGUGAGCGAAGUUCAGCUGCUUCCUCAGUAGCUCUGUUUCCAUCCGCAGCCCUGAGCUGGUGUGAAAAUACGAAGUGAUGCCUUGCUCCACUUUGUGGUGGAAGAGCUGUGUAUAAAAUACCAAUCAUUUGUGUUUCUAUUAAAACAUCUUCCUAACAGUGACUUAACUCACAUUAUCUACCUGUUGGGACUAGACAAGGAACCUCA